AUGGGCGCAAACUCUGGGCCUCUCAUUCGCUCCGAUACACUCUCAUUAAUCACCGUGCUGUGCGACUCGAUCCCACAAGCGGUCCAAUUCUACGUCGGGAUCCUCGAAUUCAACAUCAGAUGCGAUGAGGACGUGAACGGCGAACGUCUCGUCGUCGCAACACCACCCAACCUCGUCGAGUUCACACCCGUCGCCUCACUGCGAUUCAGGGAGGCUGUGACGGAAAAGGACAAGAGGGCAGUAGGGAACCAGGCCGGAGAUGGCGUGUUUUUGCAAGUGGAGACUGACGACUGGGAUACGGUAUAUCCGCGAUUGAAGACCAUGGGGGUGAGGUUCGCAGGGAACGGCGCGGAGGAACCGCGGCAGGAGAAGAGACACAAGGCUGUUACAGUCUUUGAUCCUAUGGGCAACAAGGUCAACGUUAUUCAGAGGACGACUACAACGCUCGGGAGGGUGUUUAUGAUGGACGUCGGGGAGUAAAGAUUUUCUAGUUUCGCUUUCGAACGCUCGUUUUCGACUUCAACCACGGAGGAUUGUCAUUUCCUUGUUAUUCAAGCUGGAAACGAAUUGUUACCCGCGCUUUUGCUUACACCCUUCGUUGUAAAUCGGUGUUGUCUGUCUCAUAUUGUACCCUACUAAUUUGUUAGCCUUUCUUCUGUCGUCCCUUGAUGCUACCGUAUGAUAUUCAAUGACAAAGGACGUUGAUAUCGA